UAGCCGACAUCAGUUGAAUUCUCGUAGUCAACAAUUCACCAUGGUUAGCAAGGUUAUCAUCGCUCUGGCUGUGCUCCUCUGCGCAGAGGCCGUCCUCGGCGUUGCCGUUGUCAGCAAGUCGGCUUGGGGUGCUCGCAAUCCCAAGAGCAAGACCACUCUGGCCGGCUCGCUCAGCUAUGCCGUCAUCCACCACACCGCCGGCAACUACUGCAGCACCCGCGAUGCCUGUGUCAAGGAGCUGCGCAACAUCCAGGCCUACCACAUGGACAGCCUGGGCUGGGCUGACAUCGGCUACAACUUCCUGAUCGGCGGCGAUGGUUCUGUCUACGAGGGUCGCGGCUGGAACGUUCUGGGUGCCCACGCCACCAACUGGAACUCCAAGUCCAUUGGCAUCUCCUUCAUGGGCAACUUCAACAACAACCAACCCACCGCUGCCAUGAUCAGCGCUGCCAAGGGUCUCCUGUCCGAUGCCGUCUCCCGUGGCCAGAUCAAGUCCGGCUACACUCUGUACGGCCAUCGCCAGGUCGGCUCCACCGAGUGCCCCGGCAACAACCUGUGGAACGAGAUCCGCACCUGGGCCAACUGGAAGGCCUAAGAAGUUCUCGAAAGAAUUUCCAAUAUAAACAAUUUUUAAAUGCUGCAUAAUAAAAAUUUAUAAAAAAUAUAA